GACCCGCACGCCAGCACGGACAUCAACGACAACGACGACGACCCGAUGCCGCGCGACAACGGCGACAACAAGCACGGCACGCGGUGCGCGGGAGAGGUGGCGGCCGUCGCCUACAACAGCUACUGCGGCGUCGGCGUCGCCUACAACGCCAGCAUCGGCGGUGUACGUAUGUUGGAUGGAACGGUGAAUGACGCAGUGGAGGCUCGGGCUUUGGGUUUGAACCCUGACCAUGUGGAUGUGUACAGUGCCUCAUGGGGUCCAGAGGAUGAUGGCAAGACAGUGGACGGCCCGGGACCACUUGCUAGGAGGGCUUUCAUCUAUGGUGUGACCAGU